CCGAGCCGUGACAGAACCCGAGUCGUGAUCCUCCAGAAGCCGUGGGCGGACGGUCCCUCUCUGCCGUACCCGCGUCUGUGUGUGCGCUUCCUGGGCCGAUACGUGGACGGACUCUGCGCUUUUUGGGGGCUGAUAUUUUCGGUUUUCGUCUUGGCCGUGUGUAAAAACGAGCCUCGGAGAGAUCUGGACGGGAUUUUGUCCAAAAAGUGACGGGAGUUUCGCUUCCCAGGCGGAGCUAACAGGCUAACAACAGCGCAGGAGGUGGAUUACUCUUUCUUUUGUGGGUAAAAAAAAAUAAUAAUAAUAACAAUGAAAGCGAUCAAAACGAUGUCUUGAAGCUGUGGCACGAACCCAGACAGUUUGUGAGCAAGAACAAUCGCAGCGUGUUUAUUGUUUACGAGUGGAGUAGUAGUAAAGCUACGUGAAGCUAGUGGGUUAGCUUCAAAAAAAAAAAAAAAAGAAAAGUUGGUUUUAGCUUCAAGGAUCAAGGAAGUUGAUUAGCCACCGAGCUGCUACAUCACAUCAGGACAAAAGGCAAAGGCUCCUCUUAAAUUUCAGAGUUAUGAACGGGGUUAAACAUUAACACAGCACUUAAAACAACAAAUCUAAAAAAGCCACGACCUUUAGUCCGAGCGGAGUAGUGCGUUAGCUUCGUAGCCUCACUGUAAACAAAGGGGGGGUUCCGCUGCUUGGCUUUUUGUUUUCUUUUUUUAUAUAUAUAUGGACAUCCCUGGAGGUUUUUUGAUCUAAACGUGGGCGACGAGGCUCAGAGAUGGAUCUAAAGACUGCAGUGUUCAAUGCGGCCAGAGACGGGAAGCUACGGCUGCUCCAGAAACUCUUAGAAAACAAAGAUGGGCACGAAGUCACCAAACUCAUGGGCGAGAAAACCAACGGGGCCACUCCGCUGCUGAUGGCGGCCAGAUACGGACACCUGGAGCUGGUGGAGUACCUGCUGGAGUGCUGCUGCGCCCCGGUGGAGGUGGGGGGCUCCGUGAACUUUGACGGGGAGACCAUCGAGGGGGCGCCGCCUCUGUGGGCCGCCUCCGCCGCCGGGCAUCUCAAGGUGGUGCAGUCCCUCCUGGGCCACGGGGCUUCUGUCAACAGCACCACCCUCACAAACUCUACCCCCCUGAGGGCAGCCUGCUUCGACGGGCACCUGGACAUAGUGAAAUACCUGGUGGAGCACAAGGCUGACCUGGAGGUGGCCAACAGGCACGGGCACACGUGUCUGAUGAUUUCCUGUUACAAGGGGCACAAAGAGAUAGCCCAGUACCUGUUGGAGAAAGGGGCAGAUGUGAACCGAAAGAGUGUCAAAGGAAACACGGCGCUCCAUGACUGUGCGGAGUCGGGCAGUCUGGAGAUCAUGCGGAUGCUGCUCAGGUUCGGAGCGUCGAUGGAGCAGGACGGAUACGGGAUGACUCCUCUUCUGUCCGCCAGCGUCACCGGACACACCAACAUCGUUGACUACCUGACCACGCACCAACAGACCAGUCAUAAGGAACGAAUAGAUGCCCUUGAGCUCCUUGGUGCUACCUUUGUGGACAAAAAGAGGGAUUUACUUGGAGCGUUAAAAUACUGGAAAAGAGCCAUGGACCUCCGGUACAUGGACAGCAACCACGUGGUCCACAAGCCCGACCCAAAGCAGCUCAUCAUGGCCUACGAUUACGCCAGAGAGGUAACAAACGGCGAGGAGCUGGACGGUCUCAUCUCUGACCCAGACGAGAUGAGGAUGCAGGCGCUGCUCAUCCGUGAGAGAAUCCUGGGCCCACAACAUCCCGACACCUCGUACUACAUCAGAUACAGGGGAGCCGUUUACGCUGACUCUGGGAACUUUGAACGCUGCAUAAACCUGUGGAAAUACGCUCUGGACAUGCAACAAACCAACUUAGACCCCCUGAGCCCGAUGACCGCCUCCAGUUUACUGUCGUUCGCGGAGCUUUUCUCAUUCAUGCUCCAGGACAGGGCCAAGGGGCUGCUGGGUACGUCUGUGUCGUUCGAGGAUCUUAUGGGGAUUUUGAGUAAAAGCGUGCUGGAGAUCGAGAGAGCGGUAAAGCAGACUGGACCGGUCCCACCUGAGCCCGCUCAGCUCACAAAAGCCCUGUCAAUCAUCCUGCACCUCAUCUGCCUCCUGGAGAAAGUGCCCUGCAGCACCGAGCAGGACCACUACAAGAAGGAGACCAUUUACAGGUUCCUGAAGCUCCAGCCCUGUGGGAAAAAUGGCUACAGUCCGCUCCAUCUCGCCGUCGACCGAAACACGACCUGUGUUGGUCGGUACCCCGUGUGUAAGUUCCCCUCGCUCACCGUGGCCUCCAUCCUCCUGGAGUGUGGAGCCGAUGUCAACAGCAGAGACGAGGACGACAACAGCCCCCUCCACAUCGCCGCCUCCAAUGGCCACCCGGACAUCAUGAACCUGCUCAUCUCCAGCGGCUCUCAUUUCGACAGUACCAACUCCUUCCAGCAGACGGCGCUGGACCUGCUGGACGAAAAGGAACUGGCGAGGAACGUGAUCCAACCUAUCAACCACACCACUCUGGCGUGUCUCGCUGCUCGGGUCAUAGUUAAGCACAAUCUCCACUAUAAAGGCAACAUCCCGGAACAACUGGAGGCAUUUGUGUUACUACAUAGAUAAUACUUGGGACGAAUUACAUUAAAACUCUAGGUAUUAAGGAAGAACGAGCAAACGGAGUCUAUGCGAUGUUUUUCCAACCAGAAUGGAUUACAAAAAAAGUCUGCGAAAUGGACAGCAGCAGUCUGAUAAAUACCUGGACGAACCAAGAAACAGGUUUACAUAUUUUUGGUCUAGAAAUUAUUUUUUGCAUAUUCCACAAUGCUAUUUAUUAUGAAACUUGAGGGAACUUCUCCAUGCAAGCCCCCCAAACCCAGCUUUUGCCUGUGUCUCUCUCUAUAACAAAGACUUUUCUAGCAACGUUGGGAUUCAGGUUAAUUUUGUUUUGUUUUUCACAUUGUCCCAUUGCUGUUGCCAACAGUCGUGGACCCGUUCUUCAAAUCACAGUUGGUUUCAUGGUCAUGCAAUCAGAAUAUAUGCCAAGGGAGGGGGAGGGUACACUGGAAAAUAUUAAAAUCUAAAAUGAGGUGAAAUGACUUGACUUUGGAAUAAUGUAACUUGAUUUGAGUAGUGCUGACUAGUUUAGGCACGUACUUCUACGAAACACACUCUAAAAAUGUCAAUCUAGGGAAAUGUUGACGUAAAUUAACGUUACUUUGUUAAUUUUAAUUAUAAAUGUUGAUUCAAAGCAAAUAACUUGAGUUUCAAAAUGAGCAAUAUUCGUUAAAUUAACAUAAAUGUGUUAAGUUACUUCUACUUAAAUAUUUUAAGUCAUUAUUAAGUCGUUUUUUGAGCAGCUUAAAGACAUACUGACUCAAUUUAAAUUAACUUACAAUGGGAUAAAAACAUUGUACUUGUAAAAAUAUAUGUACAAACAAUAUUUAUUAUCCCAGUUAGCCGUUUAUCUUGUCUAAAAACCAGCUAGAAUUGUCAUGGAACUGAUAUAAUAACUUAAAUCUAAACUAGUCAAUCCGUGUAUCAUUCGUUCAUUUGUUUUUCAAUAUAAAACCAAAAAUAAGAAAAUUAAUAAACAACCGUUUUCUUCAUUAUUUAUCUCCAAAACCAAAAGGAAGAAACUGAUAACAAUUCGUUUUUUCAGUUUUUGAUUUUGUGUUUAAAUUAAGAAUGGAAAAAACGAAUAACGGCCAUUUCACGUUUGCACUGCAUACGGACUGAACCAGGACUGAUCUAGGUCCGGGACCAGAGUGGACUCCGAGCCUCCGCGGGGUCCGAGCUUCAGCUUCGAGCUCCAGUCCUGCCGUGUCUCAGUCCCGGUCUCAGUCCCGGUCUCAGUCCCGGUCUCAGUCCCGGUCUCAGUCCCAGGCCGGUUCCGGUCUGAUCCCGGACCUGGACCAGUCAUGGUUCAGUCCGUAUUGCAGUGCAAAAUUCCGGCAUCACAGUCACGGAAGUCACGUAAACGGGAAGCAGCCGUGAUCCGUUUUUUCCAUUCUUCAUUUAAACACAAAAUCGAAAACUAAAAAAACAAAUCAUUAUCUGGUUUUCAUUAUGAUUUUGGAGACAAAUGAAGAAAACAGUUUUUUUUUCGUUUUCUUAUUUUUGGUUUUAUAUUGAAAAAUGAAUGAACGAAUGAUACACGGAUUCUAGUCAAAAAUCAUUUGAGAAUGUUGCUUUCUUUUUCAAUUAAAACACUGAACUUGAACUUUAUCUAUUUACUAAUUUAUCUUUAUGAAACUAGAUAAAAUUGUCAUAGAAUUUGUAUAAUAACGUAAGUAAUUAAAACUACUCAAAUCAAGAUAUUAAUUUCAAGUAAUUUUAACUCUACGCAGAUGUGAUAUUUUGCAGUUCGUGUUUCAUUGUUUCAUUUGUACCUGAACAAACAAAGCUUUAUGCGAAGGGUCGUCUGCAAACACCGUAAGUGCUUUAUCCUUCUAUGCACAGGCUCUGCUGUUGAAAAGACUGUUGUACUCGGCACUUUGUCUGUGCAAUUUUCAUUUUUGUGUUUACCUCACGAACAACAUCGACGCUGCCGAUUUUCUCACAUUUUAUCAUCAAAAAAUGUUUAGACACUGUAAAAAAAAAAAAAAAAAAAAUGUCCACGAGUUAAAAUGACUUGAAUUUUGACUUAUUUAAAUUUUAUUGGUUACUCUCCCACAAAAAAUAUUGAGCUUUUAAUAUAUUAUCACCUUUUCAGUUUAUUUAAAAUGUUAAUCGUGCACAAACUUUAUUCAGAAACACUUUAAAAGCUCUUUAACAGUUUAAACUUUAACAUAAACAACCUGAUAUAUUAAGAUUGGUUGAAAAUUUGGUUUAAUACAUGCAUUUAAGGUGGAAUUUAAAUGAUUUUGUCUAGUUUGUGAUAAUUAUUUCUAGUUUUUUUCUGACAUGGUUCGUUACAUUUUCUUAAUUCGAGCUAAAUCAUGUGUCCAUUGAGUAAAACGUUAUUUUAAUCAUUCGUUUUGAUAUUUUAAGUGCAAUAUUUAUACUCAAUUUACAGAUAUUUUACUAAAAAUUUGAGUAUUUUAUUGAAGCUUUAAAAACGAUACUAAAAAAUCUCUAGUUCGUCCAUCUCAAAAAAAUCUAGUUCUGAUUACUCAAACGUAUUAAUGUGAAUUCAAGCCAUUUUUUUAACUCGCAGACGUGAUGUUUUUCUUUUUUUUUUCUUUUUUUUGCAGCGUCCUGAAUGAGUCCGUGUGAAUGCGAAGUGUUUUAAGUGCCACAGAGAGUGAGUUUGUCGAAUGCAAGCUUUUGAAUAUGACGUUUUGGGUUUAAAAAAAACAAAAAAUAAUGUUAAAGUGGUGCUCCGUUCGAGAUCUCACAAUGCACACUUAACUGUUAUAAUAAUACGCAGGUAACCUCUCGAAGGCCGACCCUUUUAAAUGCCAUUUUUUUGUUUUAUUUUGAUCAAAACGUCGGCGGAGAGAGGUUACGGAACACUUGCUGCGCGUGCUCACUUUUCAUUUACAAAAAGAACAACUUCUGACUAGACUACAGCUGUCCGCGUAUCUACUUUAGCACAAAUUUCCUCUUCAAAAUAAGGCUUUGUCAGUUAUUUUAUUUUGCACAUUAGUUUUAGACGUUUUGAGUUGUACAAAAAAAGGGCUUUCCAUGGUUUUGUAGGUUUAAUCUUGCAACGUUGAUUUGACAAAACUGUUCAGAGAAACCUAUAGGAGCACUACCAGGACGACUUGAUUUGAAUCUGCACUUUACUACAGCGGAGUUUGAGAUUUCAUAUGGCAUUAAUCAAGUUCAUGUCUUAAUAACCAGUUUGACAAUAAACCCAUGUUGCACUUGUUACGAAA